GUUAGUCCCAUCUACGCUUCCAUUGCUUACGGUACGCCCUGCGAUUGGUUGGGAAAGGUUUUGCGCAUGCGCAGAGAACUCAAAUGCAGCGGUCGGUUUCUGUCGAGUGCUGGUGUCUAGCGAGAGGUACGGGAAACAGUGAGCAGUAACCUUCGUUAUACUAUAGAUUGUUGGCGUAAAACAUUGAAAAUAUGUUACUGUAGCAUUGUUUGUGACAAAAGUGUGUUAGUAACAGCAGCUGUACAUAAUUUUCUGGUUUGCCACGUAGCCUUUUGUGCUAAAUAAAAUUUUAGUGGCUUGUCGGUGAGUACGUAUCUGCGUCGCGAUCGCGUAAGUUAGUCCGAGAAAAGAAACGACCUCUAUUUUCCAAGGCAUAGUGAAACUUUGAAUCGUGAACUCCAUGUCCAUUCCCAUCAUGCCCCCUAAUGGAAACAGUGGUAACAUCCUGGGGAACUCGAACGGCUCGCUGGGCGACGACAGGACUCCCUACAAACCGAACCAGGUCACCAGCUCCCUGCACACGGACAGGGCGAGCAGCGAGAGGCAGGAGGCAGAGAAUGCCCCCGUGGUGGUGAACGGCCAGGACGGCAGUCAGCUGCCGUCGGCCCUGCCCAACGGCCACGCGCAGACGUCCGCGAGCAACGGCGGCCCGGCGUACCCCAGGCGGAGCCUCGCCAUCAUGAAGCGCGAGGAGGAGCGCUUGAAGACGUUCAGGCGCUGGCACGUUCCCUUCAUGGACCCCAAGAAGCUGGCGGAGGCGGGGUUCUACUACACGAACAGGGAGGACAUGGUGAGGUGCGCGUUCUGCGGGAUCGAGCUGGGGUGCUGGGAGGAGGGGGACGACGUGCAGGCGGACCACCAGCGCUGGUCCCCGCUGUGCCCCUUCCUGCGCCAGCUGCCGGUGGGCAACAUGCCGCUGGCCGGUCCGCCCCAGGAGGAGGACCCGUCGGGCUACGACACCUGCGGCCUGUACGGCAUCCAGGUCCGGCCCUUCUCCGUCCCUGAGCGAGCGAAAGUGAACAGCAUCCUGGCGGAGCUGUCCUUGGAGAAGCUGGGUGUCACCAGGAGCCACGGGCCGGCGUUCCCGAGCUACUGCACGUACGAGGCGCGGCUCGCGUCCUUCGAGAACUGGCCCGUCUCGUUGAAGCAGCGGCCGGACAAGCUCAGCGAAGCCGGCUUCUACUACACAGGCAAGGGGGACCAGACGGUGUGCUUCCACUGCGGCGGCGGCCUCAAGGACUGGGAGGAGAACGACGACCCGUGGCGGGAGCACGCCCUGUGGUUCUCCAAGUGCUACUUCGUGCUGCAGGUGAAGGGGCGGGAGUUUGUGGCCGAGGUGUGCAGCAAGAAGGAGCCCCUUCUCACCACGCAGGAGUUCCGGGAGCUGAGGAAGGCACAGACGCAGCAGCAGUCUGCGUCCACGGCGAGCGAGGUCGCCUCCCCCGCCCCCUCGCCCUCCACCAGCGAGGGGACCCCCCAGGAGGCCACGCCCCAGGAGGCCAGGAAAGCGGCGUCGGACGCGCUGCUGUGCAAGAUCUGCUUCACGGAGGAGAUGGGCGUGGUGUUCCUCCCCUGCGGCCACGUGGUGGCGUGCCUGAAGUGCGCGGCGGCGCUGUCCACCUGCGUGCUGUGCCGCAAGCCCGUCAGCGCCACGGUGCGAGCCUUCCUGUCCUGAGUGUGCGUGCGCCGCGCCCCCCACGGCCCCGAGGCCUCCGGCGACCAUGUACGACUGUGAAUUACCAGCGCGCUCUCGGCUCGACCGACAUGACUUGGUUCAGCCCUCCUUCCCACUCCUGCACUUCUGCCCGAUGGCAGAUGUGUCUUCAAAAUAAUCGUCGCCUGAGAAUGGGAGUGUUCUAUGUCCAUUGAAGUCGGAACUGAGAUAUAAGUAUUUGAAAGUUCAAACAACUAUGAAUAUCAUGACAUAGAACAAAAUAAUAUUGGUCUUAAAUUAAGAACAAAAAUUUUUAUGUGCGUAGACGUGUGUGGAUAUAGUACAAAUGAAUACUAAUAUUAAUUUCGUGUCCAUAGCAUAAAAAACCUAAAAAGUGGACAUAGAACACUCCAAUACUCAGGCGAUGAUAUAUUAAAAUUGAUCUGAAUUAUGUUAGUGGUUGGCAGGUUUAUGCUGCUCGCCCUGUAAAAGACUUCAUCCAUUUGAUUUCAAAAUAGAUGGUAUUAUCUGUUCAGUUUACGACCAAAUGUGUUUUAUUUACAAAAUCUUCGUUUUUGGCUUUGGUGGUUUUGAUGAUGACAGUUUGUCAUCCAUCUGGUAAUUUCUCGUACAUGGUUGUUGAAAGUCUCCACCUGCAAGUGGAUUGCAGUGGUUAUGAGUAUGUUUUUGUCAUCUUUUGGUUGGCAGACAUACGAUCAUACAAGAUGAUGAAUUUUUAAAAAGUGAAAUUGCCAUUUGUUUGGCAGGAUGAUCAAAUGUGAUCACACCUUGAAUAUUCUUCAUACAUGUAUAAUUUGCCUAAUAUGUAAUAUAUAUAUUUUAUGUUUUCACAUUAGGCUCAGCAGUUAUUUGGUUCUUCAUCAUAUUGUGUAAAUUUUUAAAACGAGAUGCAAAUGUUUCUUUAGUUUUCGAAGUAGGACUAACUUUUUUUAGGGUAGCUAACGGUUGUACAUAGCACUAACAACGUGAUACCACCGAGGGGCGUGUUUGCCGGCGAUGCUUGUUCUGUAGUGACCGUGUUUGUAGGCAUAGCUGUCUCAUCAGUUCAUGUUCGUGUGAAUGGUUGGAACAUGAAGAUUCAAAUUGCUGGAAACUCUUUAUUUCAACUGAUUAUUCAUGUGUGAUACUCACAACAAAACUGGUUUAACCUACUAUGUAGAUAUAGAGUAUACUGUGGUCUUUAAAUGAAAUAUUUAAGAUUGAGCCUUAUUGGUCAUUCAUGUUUUCUUUUUGUGGUUUUUUUAAUUUAAUUUCAUUCCAGUCCGGCUCUAUGUAUAUUUGUAUUUUGUUCUGUGUCAAUCUGAAGUUUUUAGAUAAUCAUUUGUUUGGGAUGCACACCGUUUCAUUUACCAUUCACCAUUUUGCGAGUUGUUUGAUUUGUGAGAGAGUAGAUGUUUUUGUCAGUUCUCUAGUCAAAUAAUAUUUUUUUCUAGAGAUUAAGUUAAGUUAAUGUAACGUGUACCCACAUAGAUAAAAGGUGUUUUGGUCUUAAAAAAAAAAAGGUUUCCUCAGAUGUUCCUUAUUUGUGUUUGGUUGAAACAUUUGAAAUGGUCUGAAUGAGUGGUUUUUAAAAAAAAUAAUCCUUGUUGUUCUGAUAUGAAUCAUUAACGCUGACCAGUAACGCACCAUUUUAUUUGUGAAAUCCUGCCCAGUGAUCUGGACGUUGUGAUCUUGGGCACUGAAGAGUCUUGUGAGUUUAGGAGAGAGCUUGCAGCUGCAAGGAACACACUUGGUCCUGUGCUUUCCACAUGUCUGACUGGUGUUUGUGAAGGAAACCAGUGCAAGUGGUUCAGUACGGUCAGCUGCUGUCAGUCAUGCAGGUCUUGUGAAAUGCCGCGCAGCACGAUACUGAUGUAUAGCACCCAAACAUUACGGCUUCCCGAGCAUAUCUGUGCACGUGUAACUAAAUAAAUGCAUUUAUCACAGAA